CACUAUAAAAUACCGAUAAGAGAACAUUAUGCUUAAAACUACAGAGACAACAAAUAUUUGCAAUAAUUCUAAGACCAUCAAUGAAGCCAGAAAGGCCUUGUAUGAUGCAGUCCUCCUUGAUGCUGGACUUUAUAAGGCUAACAGUACAAAACAAGUUGAUGAAGACCUGACGGAGAAAAAUGUCUUUAUUGACAGUUUUAAUUCGUUCGAAAUUGUCCAAAAUCUCACAAUUAAUGUCGGAAUUAGAACAGGCAAACCUGCAGCAGGAGUGGAUCUUAAGCUCAUCAACUCUAAAGAGAGAUUCAAAACCAGAGUAGAUGCUUUUAGCUUCCUUUCUAAGUAUUGGCUUCCUAUCAAUAGAUCGAAGAAGCUUCCUGAGGUUGCUAAAAGGUCACUUUCUCCACUUAAAAUUAUCUUUGAUUUCCAAGAAGAAGAGAUCUUUGAGAUCCCACCAGAAAGAAAUUCCAGAAAUAUCCAGAUUGAGAUAGGACAAUUCGAUGAAAGUCCACUAAAAAAAGUUCAGAGGAAAAGAAGAGUAAAGAGAACUUCUCGUAAAACAAGUGCUAAUUGCAACCAGAGCAAGAUCAUCAAAGGUCUUUCAUCAAUUUUGAGCGAGUUGGAAUCUCAAGAUGAUACUAAAGUAUCAGAUUACUGUGACAUCACAUCCUUAAGAAGUACUAAUUCCAGAAAGACUACCUCCAAAGGAAGAAAGUCAGGUACCAGAACGAAGGCUUCUAUAAGUUCAAAGUCCAUUGCCAGCAACGCUGGGUUGUUAAAGCCUUCCGUAAGAAAAGUGAGGGUUAAGAAAAACAGAAUUUCCAGCAUGAGUUAUGGCAAAAUCUGCCUCUCGACCAUAGUAAAAAGUCUCGAUGAGAUCUCUUCAGAACUCUAAACUCUUAAUCUCUUCGCUUAAGAGUACAUUGCUUUCGUGCAUCUAUAAUGGGGAAGACUAAGCUAUGAUCUCCAUCUAGAUGCAGGACAGUUUCAUUGUCAGAAGUGCUGGUGACUAUGGCACUUCUUAUAACUCCUAAUUUCUUUAAUAAAAUACGAUUUAACUAAAUUC